CUCCUCUCUAAUCCGCUGCAACAAGUCGUGAUUGACAGCUGCCUUUGUCCCGCCUCCUUUGAGCUACUGUCCAAUCACGGAUUACGUCACUUUGUUGUAGCGGAACUGAGCACUCGAAAGGGAAGCUGUCUGCCAGAAACCAACACAACAAGAUGGAGGUGGAGCAGCUCCUGUCUCUGUCAGGCUCAGCACUGGCCCAGGCUGUCAGCUCUCUGCUGGAGACCCCAGGCCUCUAUGUUUUCUCUGACAUCUUGGAGCUGCCUAAUGUCAGAGAGCUGGAGAACGGUCCUCAUGCACCAGUGUACCAGCUCCUGAACCUCUUUGCCUAUGGAACCUACUGCGACUACAAAGAGAGAGCAGCCUCACUUCCCGAGCUGACCCCGGCACAGAGAAACAAACUCCGUCAUCUGUCGAUCAUCAGCUUGGCUUCCAACCUCAAGUGCCUGCCGUACUCGCUGCUCCUGCAACAGCUCGAUCUGAAGAACGUGCGGGAACUCGAGGACCUGCUGAUUGAAGCUGUUUACUGCGACAUCAUCCAGGGGAAACUGGAUCAGAGGAACCAGCAGGUGGAGGUAGACUGCAGCGUGGGUCGCGACCUCGGCCCUAAUGAGCUGCCAAACAUAAUCAACACGCUGCAGGAGUGGUGUGCAGGUUGUGAGGCAGUUCUCUGUGGUAUUGAGGAGCAAGUCUCGAGGGCAAACCAAUACAGAGAGAGCCAGCUAAAGGUCAAAGUCCAAGUGGAAACAGAAGUCUCAAAUCUACAGAAGACGUUAAAGGCCAGCGCCGCGUCUCCGUCAUCAGGCCCCGCUCCCGCUGGAGCCGCCUCCAAUCAGGACGCAGACCAACCCGCUGAGCCACGAGACCCCGCUUCCUCUCAGGAACCGAGACAACCAGGCAAAAAGAGCUCAAAGGUGAAAGGGCUGCGCGGCAGCGGCAAGAUCUGGUCCAAGUCCAACUGAGGACGAGGGGACAGCGGCACUGAUGGACACUCACUAAUCGACAGGCACACAUGGUGUCGACAAAAACAAACAAACAUUUAAAAAAAUAAAUAAAAUGUGAUCACAGUUCAUUUACCACAGAACAACCAGGGAGCUUCACGGGAACUUUCUCUUCUAACCAAAUCUCACCCUGACGGAUUGAGAAACACACACCGAGCUGAUGGAUAAAGCAGGCGUGACAUCCUCUCCUGCAGUCGUUAACGGGCGGACUGUUGGUGUAAAUACACGGAGACAGAGCAGUCUGCAGCAGGAGUCAGUUGCCUUUGACCAGAAACAGGAUCAGUGUAUUUGACGCCUGUUUGUUUGUGUAUGUGUGUGUGUGUGUGUGUGCGCGUGCGCGAGUGUGUGUGUGUGUGUUUGCAUUUUUUUGGUCUAAAUUGUUCUCUUGGUUUAGUUUAAUUCUAUGUUGCUUUGUAUUAUUUGUCUGUCUCGCUCGCUUCUGAGGUGAGACAUGUAAAAAAGGAAAAAAAAAUCUGAAUAUAAAUUGUUGGAAAAUAAAACGAAGCCCUGUACUUGU